ACGAUCACGAGUUUAUUUACAAAGAUUUUGACAGACUGACUGAAUCAUUAUCAUGGAAGAGACCAGAAAUCGUAAUUUGCCCAACAUAAAGCUUGCAAACCGACAGCUUGAUGUCAUCAGACGUAAUUUAGUCUGUGUGUGCAGAUUUGCCAUUAAGAAUUUAAUUGAUCGAGCAUGCUUUGUAAAUAUAGACGAUGACUGUGAGGAAUUUCUCAACUUCUGUGCUGUAAUGGAACAAGUUCUGCUCCAUCACAUCAAGCCUCAGAAAACAUGGUAUGGUGGUGUGGAUUCAAAUUUUUGGAAUUACAUUGCCACAGCAUGUCACCGCAUCCCCAACAGCUGUAUAUCCAGUAUUGGAGCAAUUGAAAAUAUCAAGUCACCGGCCGCCAAGGGCAGAGCAUUUAUCCGCUGUGCUUUAAUGGAAAAGAGGUUAUCGGAGUACAUUUCGGCAGCGUUAAAACAGCCAAAACUAACACGAAAAUUUUACAAGGAUGGUGCAAUAAUGUUAUCCGAUGAUGCCAAUGUUUUGUGUGGCAUUUUACUUGGACUUAAUGCCAUAGAUUUCAGCUUCUGUCUAAAGGGAGAAAACUCUGACCUCCUGGGACCACUAGCUGUGGAUUAUACACCAUUUCUCAAAUUCCACCAAAGUAGCGAGAGUGUGUCACAUGACCUCGAGGAGAUGCGCGAGUUGUCCAACUCGAGCCUCAGUUCGAGCAUCAUGAGUGAGGAUGUGGACGAGGUGACCGGGACGAAGAUGAAGUUGGCCGCACUGCAGCAGAAGUACAGAAGCAUCGUGGAGCAAAAGGGCUACUUGGAAGAACUGGUUCGUCUCCGCGACCAGCAGAACAAAGAACUACAGGGUCAGCAGCAGUCAUUGUUUGAUCAGCUUCAUCGUGUCGAGGUCACAGGUCAACGUGAACAUCGACAGCUCGAGAACGUCAUCUUAGAACUUCAGGGCCAACUUGCUGCUGCAAAAUCAGAACAUCGACUACUACAGCAUCGACUGUCACUGCUGACACUGCAGCGUCAUACCGAUGGGCACAGCACUCGUGAAAUCCAGAUGAUGGAGAUGGCGGGGGAUGCGGAUUCAUUGAAACGACACUUCACAGAUAGUCUCAAUGACCAACACAGUGUCACAAGUUCCACAGAAAUGCAGCAUCACCCGUAUCUGCAAAAUGACAGCCGGAGUCAGAUAUCGGAUACUUCUAGUCAGUUCACGAGCCAGGAAGACUCCCACAGUUUGAUUCCGCUGGCAGGAUCUCUGACAGAAGUUCCCAUCCACAGCAGUGACUCGGACCAACCUACAGACGACAGACAGCGCCCAGUGAUAAAUGUCCAAGAAGCAAGGCCUUCCGAUACUCCAGAGUCGGGUCCUUCAAAGAAAGUGGCACCUGAGUCUGGUACUUCUGCUGCUGGCGUCAAGGAUGCUGCUGAUGUCAAGGAUGAAGUGUUUCAUGACACAUCAAGUCCAGACACGGCUGUAGCUGUUGUUCCUUCUCAGGGAGCAAGUCCUUCUGCUGCUCCUGAAAUGGAGUCAGGUUCUGUGCAGAAAGUUGCUGCUGAUGGUGGUUCUUCUGAUGAUGCCGUUGAGGAUGAAGAACUGGAUUCUGGUGCAAAGGACGGAUCUGAUGUGCAAGAUCGAAUGAAUGUUAACCAGUAUUAUUCUCUUACCACCGUUGAAGCUAUGGAAGAAGAUGAUGAUGAUGAUGAUGAUGGCAAUGAUCAUCAUGUCAAUGAUGGUGGUGGUGGUGAUGUUGUGGAAAAAAGUAAGAUCCAUGACUCUGAAACUAGUGAUUCACAAAGUAAUGCCAAGGACAGCAAAACGUCUGUAGAUGAAGAACCACAAUUAACAAGGGAUAUAGAAAAGUCAGCAAGUACAAACACUUCAGAGUUGGAACAGAACUUAGAUGAAUCAGGGUCUAAGAGUUCAGCAGACGGGGGAGAAGACCCAGUGAAACAUGAAGCUGAAGGCAAGGCCUCUGGAAAGGAGGAGAAGGCUGUAUCAGAAGCUGAAAUCACUGAGACGUCUGCUUCAGAAAUGUUGCAAACUCCGCUGAAAGAAAUGCUCAAAUCUUCAUCAUCCGAUGGCUCAGAGCCUGUGCACAUUCAGAGGUUGGAAGAGUCAAGUUCAUCAGAUGACAAGGAUCCAUGGGAAAUGGUAGCCACGGGAAACGGGAACGGUGGCAAAAGUUCGGAUGAAAAUAUGGAAAAUAUUGACGAGUCUUCACCGGUCGUGUCGAUUUCAGAAGAACUUUUGGCUCACGGUGAAGUUGUUGAAAACAUUCCAGAACAAAAGAACACGGAUCAAUAAUAAUGUUUUAGUGCUAGUCUGUGUUCAGUAAACAUCUGCGUAAACAAUCUACUUAAAGAUACAUCAUCACUCACCUUUUAUGUGAGGGCUAUAACCAAGGACCAAUUUCACAAAACACUUAAAGCAGGGCUUCUAGAAUUUUUAUAAAAUCCACUAGCCAUGGGAUCAAUGAUUUUAAACAUUUACUAGACGAUUAAAAAGACACUAGACCUAC